AUGGUUGGCCUUCGACCUGUUGCUCGGGGCCCGACCAUCGGUCCCUUGUUUUCCAACCUCGCCUCGUGUUUGGACAGACUCGACCUGGGGUACUCCUUCUCCUGUUCGGAACACCUUCCAAGCCAUCAUGAAGUCGUCCAUGCUGCUCCUCGGGGCGGCGGCGGUCGUCAUGGCCCUGCCCGCCCCCACGACUAUGAAAUCCACGAGCGUCGUGACUAUAUCCCCAACUCGUGGAUAGAGGGCAAGAAAUUAGAUGGCGUUACGACGCUUCCCGUGCGGAUUGGAUUGACCCAGUCGAAUCUGGACCGCGGUCAUGAUCUUCUGAUGGAAAUGGCCAACCCUUCCUCGAGUAGCUAUGGGAGACAUAUGACGGAGGCAGAGGUGCACGACUUCUUUUCGCCAAGUCAGGCCACGGUGGACAACGUUCGCUCGUGGCUGGAGUCUUCUGGCAUUGCGGUGGACCGGGUCUCUCACUCGGCCAAUAAACAGUGGCUUCAAUUCGAUGCGAGCGCCGACGAGCUCGAGCAGCUCCUUCGUGCGGAGUACUAUCUCUACUCCCAUGCCGACACGGGCCGAUCGCAUAUUGCCUGCCGCGAAUAUCAUGUUCCACGCUCGGUCCGCGAGCACAUUGACUACAUUACCCCGGGCGUCACGCUGCGAGAGGUGACGGGCAUUGCAAAGGCCAGCCGUGGUGGUAAGGAGAAGCGUCACAUCGAUGGCACGCCCGCGCGUGUGGUGCCAAUUGUGCAAGGUCUGGCGGACCAGCUGCUCGGCGGGUUGGGUCUUCUGGACCUCUGCGAUGUCGCCGUUACCCCCAGCUGCAUCCAGGAAAUGUACAACAUUCCGCAGGGAAACUCAGCGACCGAGGGUAAUGAGCUGGCUAUCUUUGAAGACAUUGGCGAUGUCUAUGCUCAGGAGGACUUCGACAUCUUCUUCGGUGCUUUUGCCAGUGACAUCCCGAUCGGCACUCAUCCGAAGCUGCAGGGGGUGGACGGUGGCGAGGCACCGACCUCGUUCGCCAACGCUGGCCCCGAAUCCGAUUUGGACUUCCAGAUCUCAUACCCCAUCAUCUGGCCUCAGAACUCGAUUCUCUUCCAGACCGAUGACAUGGUCUACGAGGCCAACUACACCUUCCAGGGCUUCCUGAAUACCUUCUUGGAUGCCAUCGAUGGCUCCUACUGUGACGAGAUCUCCCCUCUGGACCCACCUUACCCGGACCCCCAGGCCGGCGGCUACAAGGGCUCCUUACAGUGCGGUGUCUACAAGAAGCCCAAUGUGGUUUCGAUCUCGUACGGGGGUGCCGAGGCCGACCUGCCCAUCGCCUACCAGCGCCGCCAAUGCAACGAGUUCAUGAAGCUGGGCAUGCAAGGUGUCUCCGUGGUGGUGGCCUCGGGCGACUCUGGCGUAGCCGGACGCGGUGGUGAUCCGACGCCCAGCAACUGCCUGGGGGCGGAUGGCACGGUCUUUGCCCCGGAUUUCCCGGCGUCGUGCCCUUACUUGACUGCCGUGGGGGCCACCAUCAUCCCGACUGGUUCCUCGGCCAGCGCCCACCAGGAAGUAGCCGUGACCCGCUUUCCCUCCGGCGGCGGAUUCAGCAACAUCUACGAGCGGCCCUCCUACCAGUCGCAGGCGGUGGCGGACUACUUUGCUAAGGCGAACCCGACAUAUCCGUACUACGAGAGUGUCAACAACAACAGCUUUGGUGCCAACGGGGGGAUCUACAACCGUAUUGGCCGGGGCUACCCCGAUGUCUCCGCUAUUGGGGAUAACGUGAUCAUCGUCAACAAGCUCGUCCCCACCGCGAUCGGCGGCACGUCGGCCUCGGCGCCGGUAUUUGCCGCCAUUUUGACUCGGAUUAAUGAGGAGCGACUGGCUGCCGGCAAGCCAACCGUGGGAUUCGUCAACCCGGUCCUCUACGCCCACCCGGAAGCGUUCUUCGACGUGACCCAGGGCAACAAUGCCGGGUGUGGGACCAACGGGUUCAGCGCAGCUGAGGGUUGGGACCCGGUGACGGGCAUGGGGACCCCCAACUACCCAGCCUUGUUGAAGGUCUUCAUGGACCAGUAG